CUUUUUGCAACUAUAUUUCGAGAGUUGUCGCGUGAAGUUUAAGUUAAUUAAAUAAUAAAGUUAAGUUUUAAAAUAAGCAGAAAAAUAAAUUAUCAGUUUAAAAUGAUUAAGUUUACCUUGAUAUUUGUUUUAUUCACAGGGACUUUAUAUGUCGCCGGCGUCCCCAUUUCUUCGUACUCUGGUUACGAGUACAACGCAGAGGUAGACGCGUGGCUGCGCCUGCGCAUGGUACCAGCCAGCUGGGCAGCAGCAGGGAUGAACUGUUACCUCGAAGGUGGACUCCUCGCAUCUCCGACAACCAGCGCGAUGGCCAGUGUGAUGACAGCCAUGAUGGCGGAAAAACACCUGACUUACAGCUUUACAGGAAUUAACUCUAUAGGAAGCAAGAACAACUUUUCGUCACUCGACGGACCGUACUACGCUGCUAGUGCGUUUACAUCCGAGUACGAGUACAGGCCAGAAGUUGACGCAUGGCUGCGUCUGCACAUAGUACCCGCCAUCUGGUCUGAUGCUGGCAUGCGCUGCUACCUCGAAGGCGGAACCCUGGCCUCUCCGAAUACCAAGGACAUGUUGCAAACGAUGUCGGUCAUGAUGGCCAAGCACAAACUGACUCGCGUCUUUACCGGAAUAAACUGCAUCCCGUCUAGUGGAAACUACAAAUCUCUUGAAGGAGUACCGGUCUCUUCUAUCCCAUCGGGUUGGAUCCCCGGUCAGCCCGACAACGAUAACAUGGACGAGGACUGCGUGGUGCUGACGAGAGAUGGCAAGUUAGCUGACAUGAGCUGUGAGAGCUUGCUGCCAUACUUCUGCCGCAAGGAGAACAAAUGUGGCCCAGUGAAAAAGGGAUAUCAGUGGGAGCCUCGCACCGGUAGCUGCUAUAAGCUUCACGGGUCUGAGAAGUCUUGGCGUAAGGCCCAGACCGCGUGCCACUCCGAAGGCGGCCAUUUAGCCGUCAUCAACAAUCAGAUCGAGUCCACUGUGCUUAAGGACAUUAUGAAUAAGAAAAAUGAAGAGAGGCAUGCCUUUAUUGGCUUCAUGCAAUAUUAUGACAAAGUGUGGGCUACAAUAAACGGUGACACGCUCUCUGAGGCAGGUUUUACAACGUGGAACAAAGGCGAGCCAAGCAGCCCAGAACUAGAGAAGUGUGGCUCCAUCUAUCGGAACGGACUGCUCAACGAUGCCCCCUGCGAUUAUAGAUUACCUUAUUUGUGCGAGUUUACCCCUUAAUAUAAUUAGCUUGAAGAAAACUCUGUACACUAUACUCUGUACACUCAGAUUAAAAAAAAAGUAUACAAAUAAUUUGUACAUUUUCGGGUAGUUACAACAUUUUGUUGGUUAACCAACCAAAUACGAAAGCGGAUCUGUCACUGUUUUAACCUCCUUUUUUGGUCGUGUAAUCUUUUCAUUUGUCCUCAACUAAAGAGCGUUUUGAGGGUAGAUUUUGUUUACAUACAUACAUACAUACAAUCACGCCUGCAUCCCAUGGAGGGGUAGGCAGAGCACAUGAAACUACUCAAGUUUCAGUGCCACUCUUGUCAAAUAAG